GCACCACUCGUCGAGUCGUGAAUCUCAGUUGGGCUGUGUUGGACCCGCGAGAAAGAUGUCCGCAAGGGUUUACUCAAAGCAGCGUCGUAAUUUUACGCUUCUGUUUGUUUGUGUGGUACCGCUGUUGAUACUUCGAGGAAGAGCAUAUGAAGCUGAGGCGAAUGAAGUUAGGAUAUACCGGGACAACAUUUGUGGACCACGCGGGGUGUCACUCGGUGAACGAAUAGGCUUCGGUUAUGUCGCCGAGGAAAGCGAAUGGCCCUGGCACGGAGCAUUGCUCUACGGGAAUGAUUAUAAGUGUGGCUGUACCUUAAUCAGCGAAUGGUUUGUACUGACGGCGGCUCAUUGUGUAGUGAACCCGGAAACCGGGAACAAACUAAGUGUGCGAAUCUUGCGAGUGGUGCUAGGGUUGCAUGAUUUGAGCCAACAUAAAAGUCACACCAGAACGCACAAUGUGAAGCAAAUAAAUGUUCACCCGCAGUUUGUCACAUCAAAUCUUAAACACGAUGUCGCUCUACUGCUUCUCGACGGGCGGAUCAAAUUCAACCAGUUUGUACAGCCUAUCGGUAUGAACUUCAACGAGUCACCGUGGAUUGAACAUCUUGCUGGCACUUUUGGAACGGUGGUCGGUUGGGGAUUCACCGAAGAGGAUACCAUCUCGAAAGCUCUGGUGGCCGCCCACAUGCCCAUUGUGCGCUAUACGGACUGCGUCGAGAGUAAUCCGGAUCUGUUCGGCCGGCUGAUACACAGUGGAAUGUUCUGCGCUGGAGCCCAGAAUGGGACGAGUGUGUGCAACGGCGAUAGUGGCGGCGGGAUGUACAUCUAUCAGAACAACCGCUGGUACCUGCGGGGGGUGGUCUCGUUCGCGGCCGUGCGGGACGGGACGAAUCUGUGCGAUUUGUACAAUUAUGCGGCGUUUGUGAAUGUGCCUCACUACGGCAAAUGGAUUCAACAGCAGCUGGCGGAGCAGGACGAGAAGAUUAAAUUGGAUAGCAAUGCAGUGGAAGACCCCGUAGCGAUUCAAUUCAGAGUCGAUGCAAACGACACAUCAUCCGAGAACGCCACCACCACAUCGGGCGAGCUGAUUGCACAUAAGCAGCAGCCACCCCCAGAGAGCAGCACAACCGUGGCUUAUAUUCCGCCCAUACCGGAAACCAUCCAAUCUGCUGAGAUCGUUCCAGCAGAGUGCCUCCAGCAGCACAACAGGCUUAUCACGGUCGAGCGAGAGUCGAGCAUAUCGCUGCACUGCAACCAUAACUUCAGCGGCAAGGUGCAUUCCAUCCGAUGGUUCCGAGAGAACAAAUAUCACCAAUAUGUGGAUCUCUCGGCGGAGUUUGGUCUAGGGGAGGAUUCACCACAUGAUAUCCUAACGCUGCGACAUCUAGACUCUCACCAUUCGGGCCGGUACUUCUGUCGGGUGCAGGCCGAGCAAGGCGUUCACAUGGAUAACCGUACGCUGGCGGUUACCGGCGUGAUACCCCGGUUCAUGCAUGGGAACGUACCAUCUUUCCUGAAAUUCCAUCUAUCGCUCAAGUCGGAUUAUUUCAAUCUGAAGGUAUCGUUCCGUGCCGAACGAAAGAGUGGUGUGCUUUUCCACAAGGCAAAUGACUGCGGAAAGCAGCUGAUGUCCCUGGCGCUGAUUGAUGGGCGGCCAGAGUUUCGGUACCGAACGAGGAGCGAUGGGAUACGCAAUUUAACCAAUCCCGAGCAUAGCAUUCGUUUGGGUCAGUGGCACACAAUUCAGAUCAGCGCCUUACGUGGGCGGGGCCAUUUCAGUUUGGAUGAUCGGUUGCUGGUGUUGUUCCAGGAUGGAAUGCUCAACUCGGAUUGUGCGUUUGAGAGCGUAUGGUUGGGUGGGAUCCCAAAUGAUAACACCAUUGCGGGCUUCACUGGUUGCGUAAGCCAUAUGUCACUCAACGAUAUCUCCAUUGAUUUCUGGAAGGAAUCGGUCGGCAGUCAAGGCAUAACGCAGUGUGAGCCGUGUUCGCCGGAUCCUUGUUCGACUGGUGGCAUUUGUAUCGAAACGGUGGAAAACGAAGGAUACAACUGUCUGUGCAAACCGGGUUUCGUUGGGAAACAUUGCACAAAGGUCGGUGAAAGCUGCAGCUACAAGACUUGUGUCCAGGGAUACUGCAUCGAGAACGCUAAUGGAUUCCAAUGCUACUGUCCGCCCUCUAACACCGGAAAACGAUGCGAGAGAGAAAACCAAGUUGAUAGCGAUGCCAUUGCGUUCAACACUUUUGGAUUUGCUUUGUAUGGCGUGAAAAUUGAUAGGGAUCUUUUUGUGCAGAUCAGCUUCACCGCGAGCAGCCUCGAGCGCAGCAUCCUUGCUUAUCUGUUCGAAGAUAAUCGUGAUACCGGCAAUUUCAUGGCGCUCGUGAUCAAAGACAACCGGCUCGAGCUGCGAUUCUCUGUGGACUUGGAAGUGAGAGUGAAUGUGCUCAAAUCUUCGGUUCUGCUGGAACGAAAUAAGCGGUAUACCGUCAUAACAGGAUACGGGAAUGAGUUUGUCUUUCUGCAAGUCAACGAUGAGCCUGAGGUGUCGCGAAGUAUUUUUGGAGAUUUGUUCUGCAAUGAACACAAUCACUGGUUGCACCUCGGAGGAUUGGACCGACACAAUGUUAGGAGCAGGUGUCCCGAUGUGAAUGUCGGAUUCGAUGGCUGUGUAGAUGAGCUCAAACUAUCACACAAUUCCCCGAACCUGAUCAAAAACUUCACCGAGGCUAGAAAUAUAGAAUCCUGCAACUGAACACACCAACAUUCUA